UUCUCUCUGUGUGCUAUUCCUAGCGCGUCGAAACGAUCCAACGAUGUAUACUCACGCUGGCGGAUAGGUUUAUGGAACGCGUUUGUUUCAUUAAACCAUGUAGUUAAAGAAGAAAUGGUUCGAGAAACACGGUAUUUGUUGGUUAGAAACCUACCCGAAAAGUGUACAGAAGAUUCAGUGAAUAACCAUUUUCAACGAUAUGGUAAAAUCCAGAGUGUAAAACUCCACCUGAAUAAGGAGAGUGAUGGCGGCCCAGCAGCCACAGUGGCGUUUAUGGACAUCAAGUCAGCGUCCAAGGCCCAUGGAGCAGAGAACUUACUGGAGAACUGUUCCCUGAGAACGGAAUACUGCGAGGGAUCUACAACUGGAAGCAUUGUCACUCGGACUCAUGAACCCGACCGCGGAACAUUUCAUGUCCCAACCGGAAGUGCUGCCCGUGGAUCAGGAUCAUUCCCUUGGCCAAAGGGAACUGAAGAUGAAACCCUGCCUCCAAGUGACACAACUGCAUUUGAAAAGCCAACUAGCGUAUUUAAUAAUGAUCAACAGUAUCGAGGACGCCCAAGGGAGAGGAUAUUUGGGGUGGGCAAAUUCACCCAUGGAAAACACACUGAUAGAACUGGAGCCUAUCCCGGGAGACCAGGAAGACCGCCGAUUGAUGGGUAUGGUCCGGAGAAAGAAGGGUAUGACAGAACACGAGCAGUGUCGCCACCCCAUCCACCAGUCAUCGCUCGCCCAGCAGAGUUGCCAGCACGUAUAAAAUCUGUUUCCAUAUCCCGGUCUCCUAGCCAGAGUCGGUCCCGCUCACCAAGGUCAAGGUCUCGAUCAAGCAGUAGUGGAAGCUGGUCUUCUCCCAGCAGCAGGUCAAGAUCAAGGUCACGGAGUCAGGGAAGCAGUCAUGGCAGUCGGUUACAAGGGUCGGUCACAGCAGGGUCCAAGCUUCCAUCGUUGGAUGGCAAGGACUCUCAACACGAUAAACAGAAGAGUGAUGACCAGUCGAGUAAUGCUGAGAGGAAACCUCUUGGCAUCUGUGUGACAGGGUUACCACUUCGCUCUAGUGAUACAAGUUUACGUGAUGGGUUGUUCCAUGAGUAUAAGAAACACGGCAAGGUAACAUCAGUGCAGGUCGUCGGCGAUGCAGGCGAGCGCUAUGCCGUCGUCAGUUUCCGCAGGCCAGAGGAUGCAUCCAAGGCUCUAGAGGCAUCUCAGGAUAAGAUGUUCUUUGGAACUCGCAUCAAAGUUACCCAGCACGAGGGUGUAGCCUCUCAAACAAGUAUGGACUGUCGUCUUUUUGCAGAAGUAGAUGAUACGGAAUUCCGUCCUUCCGAGUCCGAGCUGGAUGAGUACCAUCCAAAAGCUACGCGGACAUUAUUUGUAGGAAAUCUGGAAAAGGAUACAACAGUAUCGGAUCUCGUCGAGAUAUUCAAGGAAUAUGGAGAAGUUAUAACCCAGGAUGUUGAUAUCAAGCGUCAAGGCGCAGCUUCUGCGUAUGCGUUUGUCCAGUAUGCUGACAUCGUCAGUGUUGUGAAGGCGUUGCGACAGAUGGAAGGGGAGCACAUAGGAGCCAAUAAAAUUAAGCUUGGCUUUGGCAAAAGCAUGCCUACAAACUGCGUAUGGCUUGACAAUGUAGGUGACAAUGUUGGUGACAAGUAUCUCUGUCGAGUGUUCGGUCGCUAUGGAGAGGUUAGUCACGAUGUGAUAGACAGAACUAAAGGAAGAGCUUUGAUCUAUUUCUCCAAUCUUGAUGAUGCCCAGUACGCUGUCAAUGAGAUGAGGAAUCGGAGUUUGGGAGGCAAGAAAAUACAGAUUGACUUUGCUAGCCGUGAGUGUCAAAACAAAUUCUUUGACAAGAUGGAGAAGACGGGGCAGCUGCGUCCUGGAGAGUGGCCAGAUGAACGAGGGGGAACUCGAUUCAGGAGAAACUUUGAAUUCCCUGAAACUUUCCAGGAAGAGCCGACUCGAACUUUCACCCCCACUACACAGUUCAAGAAAGGCUUUUUCCGGGGAGCCAGAAACAGCAGGGGCAGUACCUCGACCUACAGAGAUAGAGGGAGAGGCUCCACUGAGGGCUUCCAGGAAGAGUUUGCCUCUCGCAGACAGAGGUCAGCUGAUGGGUUUUCCCAAGGCAGUGGUGAAUACUUCAAGACAGAAGAUUCCUAUGAACAAGAACUCAGGGAAUACGGCCAUAGUCAGAGACAGAGAGAACGUGGCCACAGUAGCCCUAGACGUACGGAUGAACGUUAUGAUGAGAGACCGUCACGGCGGUCAUCUCGGGACUUAUCACUGGACUCUUAUGAUGAUAGGAGUAAGGAUAGAUUGGACCUUUAUGGGCGGAGUGAUAGCCCAGGCAGUGAUCGGAACUCUUACCGCUCAGAAAGUCGGUACCGAAGUAGGUCCGACGAUAAAAGUUAUUCCAGAGAUCGGUUUGAUCUCGAAAAACACAGAGACUUUGAUCUUCAUAGUGACCCAAGUAGGAGUCAGUCUCCAGUAUCAUUCCACAGCCCCACCAGAAGUCCGACACGGAGAAAAGAUGAUGAAUUAUCAAAUCGGUCGUAUACUCCUCCAACACCAACUGAGGAAGAACCACCUAUGUACCGAUAUUAUCCUGAUGACUAUUCACGGAAAACCCGUUUAGAACGGAGUAAUUCAAUUCAUCGGCAUGUGUCUAUGGAUGAUUCUGUGUCUACUAAAAGUCAACCGUGGAGUGUUGUGUCAGUGACUACAGGGAAACCUCAGUCAGAAAUUGUGAAACCGCCCGAGAAAAUGUCUUCUCGGAAACGUUCUUAUGAGGAAGCCAUGCUAAGCAAAGACCUCGCCAAAAAUUCCAAGAAAUUGGAACGAAGUGAAAGUCAUAGUGCGACUUUAAAAUCAACAGCCUCAAAAAUCAGUGUGACAAAAGCUUUCCUUGCGGAAAAGAUGAGACUUGAAAAAGGUGAUAAGACACGUUUGAUACCAAAAGCAUUCAUUGAAGGACAGAUUCAUGGGAGUCCAGGUUCAACCAACAGCCACCCAGAAUCAGAAAAUGGUUCAUUAGGUGAAUCUGACUUAUUAGAACUGCAUAGUAAAAAGGCUUUACUACUGCAAAAGAUUCAGCAGUUAGAGGACACCUCUGAUGCUGAUCCUAACCUCAGUGAGGAUGUGCGUAAUGUUGUGGCAAGAAGAUUCGAUGGAACUAAAGGACAGCUAAUUAAGAGUCUUCAGAGUGGUAAGCUAGAGGAAAAGAAACUUGAACUUGCUGAAGAAAUUAAGAAAAUUGACAGUACUAAAAGUUAUCGCAAACAGAUGGAGAAAUUACGGAUACUUGAGACAAAAGUGACUGCUGAUGAUAUUGCACGAAGGAAAAAGUCACCUUCGUCAGCCCUUCCUGUGAUAGUGACAAAGUUGGAUGAGAGUGAAGGUGAGGACCACCAUACUGAUUCUCCAACAGACACUGGCUCAAGUUUCCGGCAACAGGCUAAGCGCCGGAAAUUUGAUGUGAAAGAUGGUGAUAUAAAUUCAAAAGUGCGUACAUAUCGACGGAACGAUAAAUAUAUCAGUAGUGACGAUGAAAUGACUGAGAAAGGUUUGAAAAAGAAGGAUUUAACAAUAGAUUCCUACAGUAAGAAUGUGAAAUUACACGAUGGACUUACAAAAUUGGAUGUUGGUUAUUCAGGGUAUUUCCCUUUGUCCAAAUCUCCCCGACAUGACAUUCAUACUCCUCUGGAGCCAGUGGAGAGACAUGAAAAGAAGUCUCUCAGCCUGCCCAUUAUUAUUAAAGAGGAGUCGGAUACCACUUUAGAAGAUCCUCGGAUUAAGAGACAUCAACAUGCUUUUGACGACAGGAUAUCAUCAUCUGCUGUUGGCAAGGAGAUCUCUCCUCAUGUUGUGCCUGCUGAUAGCUCUACAAACUCUCCAAAAGAAGAGCAAUUGACUUUUGUGAUUCGUAAUAGUCCGGAGUACCAGAAAAGUCCCAAGGCUUUUGAGGAUAUAUCUGUGAGUCACCAUGCUGAUGAUGUGUCUGAACUUAGCCCUAAGGAUAUUAAUCUUUCAACAAAAACCUGGACUAGACCAUUUCCUUAUGAAAUGCCAGAGACUUCUGCUAAGGAAUCUAUCCAAGAGAAAGGCCUGUCAGAAGUGGAAGGUGUUGUUGACUCUACAUCUGUGAUGAUAUCAGCAAAGGAGGAAACAAGUCCUUCCUCUGCUGCUAUUGAAACUGCUAUUGAAAUAGAUGAUUCUUUCUCGGAUAGUAGUUCAGAGGAACCCAAGACUCCUGGAGAGUUAAGUCUGGAGGAGAGAAUACGAAUCCUGGAUGAGAAGAUGAGUAUGCCAGUAAUGAACAAACCUCUGGAAGCAUCACUUCUCACUCCAAGUACGUCCGCUUCCUCACUGACCUCACCCCUGACUGGACUGUAUUCUAAAUUCAGGAUCAGGAAGAAGCAGGAUGCUACCCCUGGUCUUGGUUUUAGCCAAGGUUCAGAGGAUAAGAAACCUGAGCCCUCAGACAUUGUGAAGCAGUUGAUGUCCCGACGGAGUAAAAGUAUUCUUGAUCAAGAUUCUAAACGUCUUGAGCAGAUUAACGAGAAAUAUGAACCAAAAGAUGUGACAGUGACACUUGCCAAUUCCCCACCCAAAACUUAUAAUCAGGUCCAAACAAAAGCUGCUGUGAAACAGAUGCCAGUAACAUCAAUGAGUGCUCUUCAAGGAAUAAUGGGUUCCUUUAGUUUUGAUGGUUCAAGUAGUUCAUUCCAACCCCCUUCCUCUAUGUCCCAUUCACUUCAUCAGCAGGUAGUGCAUGCUCCUCCAUUGCAGCAGUUCCCAGGAUCAACGUCACCAGCACCUCAUCCUCUAACACCAGCACAGUUAAAAGAAUCUACUAGUCACCAUUCUACACCAUCUUUCACAGUACCGUCAUUACCAGUGCAGCCACCUCAUCAGCAACAGCAGCAGAUAGUAUCUACCUCAACAGUUCACCCUCAUCUUUCUCCAUCAGCUGUCAGUACCCAACAAUUGUCACCACCAAUCAAUACCCAAAUGUCUGCAUCAUCUCAAAUGUUGGCCUCGUCUCAUUCAGGGUUCAUGUCUGGGUUCCAGUCACCCAAACAUCCAAGUGUUUUUCCUCCAGAAACUCUGAAGCAGCAACUGAAGCAAAUCCCUACCAGUGCUGCUUCUAUUGCAGGUAGCAUUGUAGUGGAACCUCAACAAAAGUCAAGUCACCCUUUAGUUGUUGUCAGUACUCCAAACAGUGUAAGCGAACCUGUCUCAAGCUCAACUGGAACCAUGUCAGUAUCUCCAACAGCAACAGCCAUCCCAACAGCAAAUAAAGAAAUGCAUCACCUUGUUGCUCCAGUGCAGAAAAGACGACCCUCUGAUUCAUUACAAACACCAGUCAUGUCCUCCAACCAUAACACAGAACCCAUGGACACCCAGUCCUCACCUUCCAGAACUCCCACUACAUCCAGAACGGACUCUACAUCUUCAUAUACCAGUAGUCAGUCCAUUACUAGUCCUGUUGUAAUUCCUCUGGAAAGUAAGAAGGAAGCUCCUGGUGUUGCCAAGUUCAAUCCUGAUCAACACUCGACUCCACUGAAGAAAGAAGCUUUACAGCCGAAGGAAGAAAAAGAAACAAAACAUUCACUCCCACCUGUUUUGAUGCGUUCAAAGUCAAGUGAUGAGAGAGCAUCAAAGUCAACUAAACUGUCAUCCCAAAGCAAGUCUUUUGAGAUGACAGAGAAGAGGCCUGAAGCAUCCAGUGAUAAGAAGAAGGAAAAUGUUCAUAAAAGUCAUGACAGUCACUCCCAGCAUUCUAGCCACAAGGAGAAAUCCGAUGCAAAGAAAGAUGGCGAGGACAAACACCACCACAAGGCAUCUUCAACAGAUAAGAAGGUUUCCAAGUCCCAUAGUCAAGAGAAGGAACACAGGGAAGAAAAGAAGCAUGAAUCCUCAUCUCACAAGGACAAGAUACGCCAUGACUCAGGAGCCAAGCUCAAAAGUCACAAAGAAGUUGAUAAUACCAGUAGGGAGAAGACCAAACCCAAACAUAAAGAGAGUGAGAGCAAGAAGGAAAACAAAGAUCACACUUCUGAGAAAUUCAAAUCAAAAGACAAAGGUCAUGAGGACAAGAAGCAUGAAAAGGACAAAAAAGCUGAAGAAAAGAAGGCUGAGGAAAAGAAAUCUGAGGAAAAGAAGGAAGACAAAAAAUCAGAAGAGAGGAAAGCAGAAGAAAAGAAGGAUGACAAAAAGAUUGAAGAGAAAAAUGAAGGAAAGAAGACUGACGAGAAGAAACCAGAGAAGAAAGAUAAGGUAAAGAGCAAGGAAACAAAACCUGACAAAGCAAAAAGCUCCUCUUCUCAAAGUGAAAAUAAGUCAGCAUCCAAAUCUCAAGAUAAAGGGAACAAGGAUCACAAGGAGUCAAAGAAGUCCUCUUCUUCCUCUUCCUCUUCAUCCAAAGACAAGGUGCCUAAAGAUUCAAAAGAUCAGAAGGACCAGAAGAAAAAAGCCAAGGAAGGAGAAAAGGUGGAAAAAAAUUCAAAGACUUCAUCAAAAAGUGAAAAAAAGACUGAAGGAAGCAGAGACAAAUCAGAGUCUAGAAGCACGAAAGAGAAAUCUGAGAAGAAAGAGGAGAAGAAGGAAGAGAAAAAAGAAGAUAGGAAAGAAGAUAGGAAAGAAGACAGGAAAGAAGACAGGAAAGAAGACAGGAAAGAAGACAGGAAAGAGAGGGAGAGGAAGGCAGCAGAGAAAAAAGCAGCAGCCAUAGCAGAGAGGAAGAUGCUAGCUGAGUUUCUUGUCGAUGACUUUGAACCAUAUGUAUCAAUGUAUGAUAAAGUCAAGAGACGGUCUAUUGAGAAAAGCAAGGAAAAUGAAACAGAAGAUGUCCGUAAAUACUUUGACCGGUUUCAGAAAAGACGGAAGCAGAAAUCUAAGUCAAACCGUGGGGAUGACAGUGAUUGCAGCUCCUUUAACUCAGAUGAUGAGAGUGGAAUGUCAGGUACACAGAACUCUGAAGAAGAAGAACCUGAACCUCCAAAAGAGAAAGUGCGGAAGAAAAAGACUCAGGUUAUUGAAAGUUCUUCCUCUGAUGAACUUGAAGAAUAUAUCAAACAGAAACGGAAGAAGAAAUCUAAGACAGUCAUGCAGAAAAAGGCAAGAAAGUUUCUGGAAUCAUCCUCCGAUUCUGAUGAUGAUAUGGAUAUUCUAAAUGAUGAUGAGCCUAUCAUUAAGUCUGAAAGCAAGAAGCCUUCUAAGAAAAGGAAGUCAAGGGAGAAUUGGAGUGAUGAUGAUAAUGAUGACUUUGAAGAAGUCAAAGUUGAGAAGAGGUUAGAGGACAGAUCAUUUGUUGAUGCUUUCCCAUCUGAAAUGAGCAUAACUGAACCAGAGACAAUGGAUGAAGGAGAAAAGAAAAACGUAGACCUGGGAAAAAAUGAUAAGUCCAAGAAACCAAAGAAGAAGAAGCCAAAGGACAAAGAACCAUGCUCUGCAUCAAAGUCAAAGAAAAAAGAUACUGAUAAACCAACCAUUGAGGAAGAAGAGGAAGAGGUAUUUCAGCUGGAGGAUUUGAUAAGGAAAGGAGAGGCAGAACUUCGUCAGAUGGAGGCUUACGCAAAGAAAGCAGAAGAAGUGAAGGAAAAGCGGGCAGAGGAGAUUAAGGAGAGAAAGAUGGAUGAACUGAAGGAAGUAAGGGAGGAGAAGGUUGAUGAGGUGAAGGAAAAGAAAACUGAAGAAAUGCGGGAACAGAAAUUGGAAGAAAUGCGGGAAAAGAAAUUGGAAGAAAUGCGGGAAAAGAAAUUGGAAGAAACAAGGGGAAAGAAAUUGGAAGAAGCACGUGAAAAGAAAUUGGAAGAAGCACGUGAAAAGAAAUUGGAAGAAGCACGUGAAAAGAAAUUGGAAGAAGCCCGUGAAAAGAAAUUGGAAGAAGCACGGGAAAAGAAAUUGGAAGAAGCACGGGAAAAGAAAUUAGAAGAAGCACGGGAAAAGAAGUUGGAAGAAGCACGGGAAAAGAAAUUGGAAGAAGCACGGGAAAAGAAGUUGGAAGAAACACGGGAAAAGAAAUCGGAAGAAAUACGGGAAAAGAAGUUGGAAGAAAUACGGGAAAAGAAAUUGGAGGAUAAAGAGAAGAAGAAAAGUAAGCUUGAAAAGCAGAAGACUCCUAAAGAGCACAAGACCUUGAAGAUAGAAGAAAAAUCUGAUAGCCAUAUGUCAGAAGGUAAAGAAGAGAAGAAGUCAAAGAAUAAAUCUGAGGAUAAGUCAUCAAAACAUAAGAAAUCUGAAAACAAGGUUGAAGUCAAACCUGAGGAACUGAAGACUGUUAAAGUAGACAAGUGUGAACUAAAGCCAGACACUUCUAGUUCAAAGAGUAAAUCUGAGUCAAAGGUUGAAGAAAAAGCAACUAAAAGCAAACCUGAUACCAAGCAAGAAGACAAGCAAAAACCCAAGAGUGAAUCUGCUGAAGAAGAACCUAAAACAUCUGCUCCCAAAUUUGAUUCUAGGCCUGAUGAAACAGAUGAAGAAUCUAAAGUGAAACCUCCAAAGAUUGAUGCAAAGGAGAAGAAGUCCAAGGCAAAGACAAAGAAACCUAGCAAAGAACCCUCAGAUAUUGAACCUGAAAUUAACAAGCCAUCACCUGUCUUAUUCACAUCAAUUGUUAGAGACCCUGAAAAGAACAUAUUUUCUGAAAUGCAUAAAUUAUCUGAAUUUGGAAACAAAGAGACCAAAGUUGAGCCACCAGUGCAGUCAGAGACUUUCCCCUCCUUUGAUCGGCACUCUAGUCAAGAGGAGGACUCCGAUAAAGACCUUGAACCUCCAAAAGCAAAGAAAGCAAAGAAGAAGAAGAAAAAGAAGGAUGGGAAAGGCAAGGAUAGCAAGAUGGAAAUAGAUGACCAUCCAACAGUAAAUAACACUGAGAAACGAGAACCCCUCUGUUCAAGCUUUGGACAGAAAUCUUCAAAACUUGAUGGCCCAGACAUUUCAGAGUUGGCCAAAAAGACGUAUAACUUUGAUGCCUCACAAGAUUCAAUCCUUGAGAAGUUUGAAUGCAAGUCUUUUGGAGAAUCAAAGAAGAAGGAUGGUCCCUUGUUUAGCAAAAACAAACUGAAGAGUCCUAAUAAUGAUAAUAACAAGUCAAAAGACAUUCUGAAAGAUUUCAACAAAGAUGUUUCCAAAGACAUUCAUAAAGAUAUUAGUGCUAAAGAAAGUGUUGUAGAUUUAGUCACUGCAACUGUCAAAGAGCCUCCUGCAGUUGAUCAUGCAUCAGUGGAUUCUAAGUUUCAUGAAUUUGAUGUCAUUUUGUCACCAGAACCCUUACCUGAUAUCAAUGAAACUCCUGUCCCAGUUGAAAUCCAAGUGACAACAGAGACUGAGAGUAAAGAAGCUGAUAUUGGUUUUAACAACAAGGCUGAAACGAAGAAAAGCAAAAAGGGAACCAAAAAGGACAAAGGUCCAAAGACUGACAAGCCAAAGAAGACAAAGAAAAAGGAUAAGGAGAAACAUGUAUCUGAAAAUCUGAUAGAGAAACUGAUAGAGAAACCUAUUCCUGAGACCGUAGAAAAGAAGGAGGCUGAGCUGAAACCUAAAAUUGCAGCUGAAAAUAAACCUGAUGUACUUGAAUUUAAGACUAAGGAAAUAGUUAAACACCAGUCUCCCAGGGCAAUUGAUUCUUCUCCAGAUAUGAUGAAAGUAUUUGACAUCUUAGCCAGCCCUCCAAGGGAAUCUGAAGAUACUGCAUCACCUCCCGUGGAAGUGAAGAAAUCACCUUUUUUAUUCCAAUCUCCAAAGAAGGAGGCCAUUGUUGAACAUGAUGAAUUUACUUUUGAGGACAGUAAUGAUGCACCAGAACCCUUCCCUAAGAAGAGUUUGGAUCCGGAUUGGACAAAGAGAUUCAAACCAACAUUUGAAGAAGCUAAAUCUGCUGAUGACUCUCCACGAUCACUGGAAGAAAUGGAUCCAAAGAAACUUGUUAUACAUUUCCCAGAAGAAAAGGAUGAUACAGAAACACAGGAGGACCUAACAAUCCACCUUGGAAUCCCAAACACAGCAUCCUUGCCCAAGAUUCCAAGCUCAAUGGCAGAAAGGACUCCAUCAACAGAUGCUCCAAGCUUUCCCUCCUUGCAAAAUUCCCAAAGUAUCUCAUCCAUUUCAAUGGUGUCCCCAGAACAUCCAGAACCUGAAGAUACCUAUCCCUCUUAUACGGACAUAACUAAUGAUGAAAAGGCUGCUCAAGCUGCAUCUGAUGAAGCUGCUCUAGCAGUAGCAUCUAUCUUGUUUGAAGACCUGGAUCCAACAAAUGCUUUCAAGAGUGAUGUCCCUGACAUUGCAUUACAACCUGCUGAUGAACAUCUGGAAGAACCAGUCUUGGAUGAGAAGGACAGAUUGUCUGAUUUGAAAGAGGCAGAAGCAGCAAUUGCUCAUAUCCAAGGUAGUGAUAUGUCUCCACACCUUGUUGGGAAAGUUGAUCUUGAACCUACUCCAUCUGAUAAACCGGAAGGCCCCCAGCAACUUGAAGAAGAAAAAGAAGAGGUACCUGGAAUACAAAUGGAUAAACAGGUUGAUCCUAUUCCCAAACCCUCGGAGAAAGUUCAGCCUGAAACUCCUGUCACUAUUGCUGAUAAGCCUAUUCCUGAAACAAGCAUAUUUAGUUCUCCAGAUAUGGAUUCUAGUCUAUUUGAUGACAGAUUGGUCAUUGCAGAACCCAAACCUGAACCUGCUCGCAAAACUCCCAACAAGAGAGUUCCAAGGAGAGGUAGGCGAUCAACCAGGAAUAAGGGAUCUCGAGAUGAAGUUGAGGCACCUGUUGAACCAAUUCAUCCAGAGGAUCAAUCCUCUUCAGAGCCACUCAAUAAAUCUGGCUUGAGUUCUGACAGUGAUAAAUGGGACUUUGAUAAAUCUGAAAGUGAAGACAUUCCUCAGCAUGUUACCCCAGUGAUAGACCAGCCAAGAAGAUUAAGAUCUCCAAGGGCAGAUAGGUCUCGUGGACGAGGAGCCUCGAGACCUGGGAGGAAACCCAGAGCGUGUAACAUCAACAAAGAAAAUGCUGCAGAGAUUUCAGAUCCUGAGCCAGUGAAACCAGUCUGGGGUGAGGAGACCACAAGAAGGUCUUCAACUUCGGAUGAGAGCUUUUCAGGUAAAACAUACCCAUUCAGUUCACGCCUGGAGAUGUGUGAGAGUGCCAUGGCAAAGACAGAUGACCAGGAGGAAGAGGAUUCUACUAAUUACAGUUUUCCAGAGCCAGAAGAGGGCAAUUUGGUUAUUGCUUCUGAAGAAGAUGACAAACCAUCUCAAGAUGUCAGCCCAUGUACUCCUCAAAGAUCUACUCGUAAACGAAAACUGCCAAAUUACAAGGCAAUGGUAUCGGGAACCUCCCCACGUCCAACCAGAUCUUCUACCUCUCCCCGUGCUCAGAGAGGCGAUGCUCAGUCUCCAAAGAAUUCAACAUCCCCAAGGGGCCGAGCUUCUCCAAAAGCUGCCGAAUUGGGGUCUCCUAUUGUCAAACUUGAAAAAUUGGAGAUGGAUGGUGGAAAGAAAGAGUCUGGUCGUAGAUCAGAUGAGUGGAAAUCCCCAAAGUUUCCAGCAUUUCCAGAAGAUAAACCACCAACCUCCAAGGAAAAUAUCUACAAUUUUGAGACCAGUGAGCAAGAUCAAGAGGAGAAGACUGAACACUACCGCACACUCAGAAGUAGGAAGAAGAAAUCGGCUGAUGCGGAACCAGUUAAAACUGAAAUUGAGACUGGACCAGUGCAUCAAACACCACAGACCAGAUCAGCUAUUCCUCCACCUCAGCCAACCUCUGUUCCUCCUUACUCAACACCAGCUUCACUCUCUACUCCAACUGCAUCAGGCGGAACUUAUCUGACACCAGCUGAAGUUCAAGCUCAGGCCAUCAAGAACAUCAUGCAGAGUGUUGCAGCAGAACAUGCAGCAGAGCAGUCCCUAGCUACUCAUCCUGUGUCCAAUGAUUCCUCGUCCUUCAUGAGCCAUGUUGACAAGAUCAUUGAUGAUGUGUCCAAGGGAAUCUUUGGUAUGAGUGAUGGUGGAGAGAAGCAAGAACCUCUGAAGCAUGAGAAGCCACCAGAGACAUCAGUGCCUGUGUCCAUGCCUGUGCCAACCCCACCAAUUGCAGCUACUUCAGAAGAAAAGUGUGUCAACUCCAAAAUCUAUGACAUCCUUACUCAGAAUCUGAAACAAGAGCAUGCAAUUAAAUCUGAACAUUCCCAACUCAGUCGACCAUCUGAACCUGGAAGUUUACUCUCAACAUUUGUCAGCAUGCCUAGUCCUGCUCUUGUCACAAUAGCUUCACAGAUCCGCAAUGACCCUGGGAUGUCUCCAAUUUCUUCCAUGCACCAUCCAGUGCCCGAAAAUCCCAUGCUUCAAGCCCCCAGCCCUAUGCCUACAGCAAAGAUGCUGAACACAACCAUGCCAUUGCCGGCACCUAUUAAGCAUGAAGACAAUCAGAUUAACAAACUUUCCUCACCAUCUAACAUUUCUCAGUUCAGUGACAAUGUGCAGAGACAUGGCCAUCAUGUGGGUAAAUCAACAGCAGGGCCUGUAACACAGCCAAUGGUUAGCGUACCAACCAGUACCAUCAUGCAGAACCCUGUACCAUUGAUUAGCAAAGCUUUGGCUUCUCCUGUGUCAGCUCCAGCUCAGCCCAAACCAAAAAGCAUUCCUCCACAAAUGACAACACCUCCACCUCCACAGAUGUCAAGCUCUGGGAUUCAGCCACAGAGACCACAGAGUGUGCAGCUACCUGUGACCCAUGUACCAGUCAGCAGUGCAGAAACAAUGAACAUUCAGAGGCCGCCAAGUGCACACAGUCAUGUCCAAUUCCAGGUGAUGCCAGGAACGCCAAGAGACCAGCCUCCCAAGUCUCAGCUUCUUGAACCUAAACUUGAACCAGGUAAACCCGGCCCUGAAGUCAAGGGAAAACCAUAUCCACCUCCUCACAUGGGUGCACCUCCAUUCAUGAUCCCUGGGAUCCAGGCAGGUCAGAGGAUGCCGGGACCUCCUGGCUUUCCCUUCAUUCCUCAUGUAGACCCAAGACUUAUGUCACCAGUGAGUCCCAGAGAAUCCCCGAAUCACAGCAAGGAGGGUCUCAGAAAGCCAAUGACAAAUCCUCAUGCCAUUAACCCAAGAGACAUGUCCCGUCCUCCAAGUCAGGGACAGAUGCAACCUCACUUUGUUGGGGACAUGCCCAGACAAGCAACAUCUGAAGCCUUGCGACAAGCCCACCAUCAGAGGGAUCAGAACCGUCAACCAGGACCUGUGGAACAGAUGAGACAAAUUGCUGAACUGAAACGACAGUCUGUAUCAGAUGUUGCCGCUGACCAGUUGAGACAGAGGGCCCAAGCUGAUCAUAUCCGUCAGCAGCUGGCAGCUGGGGAACAAAUCAUAUCUGCUGAGCAGCAGAAACGUCAUCUAGAGGAACAGCUGAGGCGGGAAGAACAGAUGAGGCGAGAGGAGCAGAUCCGACAUCGUCCAGAGAUCCACCACAUGCAAGAGCAUCUGCAACUGCAGGAGGCAAUCCAUCAGGGCCGUAGUGGAGAGAGACAGAGGGAAGGUGAAGUCUUACCUCACAUUAUCAGACCUACAGACGAUCCUCAGAACCUGGUGAGAAGGGAACAGAUACAUAGAGCAGAACAAAGGUUUGCUGACAUGCGUCACGGAGGGAUGGAAAGGACGACAGACAUUCAGAGGAUAGUGAAUCAGAAGAUAGAAUCCGAGGUUCGUCAGGGGCGUCAUCCCCAGUCAGGACCACAGCCCAGGAUGCAUGCACCAUCUCCCGACGUUGCCAUCUGUGUCAAAACUCCACCUGCAACAUCAGCAGCCAAUGCCUUCAUCGCUGGAGUUGUCGUCGGCCACCCGAGUUCUCUCUCUCCCAAGACCGCCAGCCCUGUAGGCCAGGUGAGCAAGGUGAUUGAGCGUCUGCCUAACCCACAUGUGCCUGUGUCGGGUCAGCCUGGGCGCAUGAUCUAUCAGGAGGCCCAGAUGCAGCAGCAGCAGCAGCAACAGCAGCAGCAGCAGCAGCAGCUCCGGCAGAACAAAGAUGCAGACAGUCCUCGGAAUGCACCUACUCCAUCAUCACAACCAGAGAUGAGGCCUCCAUCCAGAGAGAUGAUCUACUUCAUGCAGCAGCAGCAACAACAUCAGCAACAACAACAACAGCAACAACAACAGCAGCAACAGCACCGCCAGAUGAUGCUCCAGGAAGCAGCUGCACGUGAGAGGAAGAUGCCUGAACAUCCUCAUCCCUCCCAGUCCCCCACAAUCCUCAACCUGGCCGACCCUGAACUCCGACAGGAGGGUCGCAGCAGCAAGGGACCACAGCCAGCCUAUCCUUUGCCUUACGAUCACAAGAUGAUGAUGUCUCAAGCUGACGGGCGGAUCCCAUCCUCAACACCCAGUGCGUUUGUUCCACCAGGAGGGAUGGUUGGACAGAGACCCGAAAUGCCUCCAGGAGUCCCUCCCCAUCUCUACAGACCAGACCUCUUCCCACAGGGAAUCAGACUGCCCAUUGACCCACGGAUGUAUCCGGGUAUCGACCAGCCAGGCUUCAUCCCUGGUCGCGACGUGUCGCUUGUUGUACCACCAGGUCACUUCCCACCUCAGAUUUUAGACAAGAUGAGGAUGGAGCAGCAGCAGCAGGUGGAGGCUCAUCGUUCUGCCUCCCGCCAGGAGCAAGGUGGACCCCAGGUGAUGAUGCCUGGGAACCCUACCCAGCCCCAGAGUGCCCACAUGCCAGGUCCUGGGGUGCCAGAGUUGAUCCAGCAGUCCCUCAUGCAGACCCGCAGUCCCUUGUACGACAUGCCCAGAGACAAACACAUGAGAAAACUGGAACAAUACCCAGUUGUGUGGCAAGGUGCCGUGGCGCUGAAGAAUGACAACAGCUUGGUACAGAUGCACUAUGUUGCUGGUAACAGUACCCUGCCCAAGGUCACCCUGCCUCCCCAGAUCCCAGGGGGUGCCCUACAGCCGCUGAGGAUAGCCCAGAGGAUGAGGAUGGAACACUCACAGCUGGAUGGAGUCUCCAAGAGGAUGCAGCUGCAGAAGGAUUUCUGCAUCCUCAUGGCUAUCCCCUUCGGCCGGGACCACCAGGACCUGGAGGAGCAGACCAAGGCCUUGUCUAAAGGUGUCAUAGAGUACUUGCUUCUGAAACAGGCAGCUGGCAUUGUCAACAUCCCGAUGCCAGGGUCAACUCAGCCUGCCUAUGUGGUGCACAUCUUCCCACCUUGUGAGUUCUCGCAUGACUCGGUAGCCCGGAACACAACAGGUCUGGUGGAACAUAUUCAGGAUUUGGCUCAUGCACUCAUCAUCAUCACUACCGUGGGCUGAAGAGGGCAUCGUACAGAAGAGUGCCCCACGGAGGAGGAAGCUUGAAUAUGCUUGCAGUAUGCUUGGGAGAAUAUUGACAGACUGGAUUAGCUUACUGGGAAUAUGCUUGCAGAAUACAGGAACUACGCCAGGAGUAGAUUAUGUUAUGAGGAAUACAUUCAAAUAUCUGGAGGAAGAAUGGAGUACUACAUGUAUUUAUUUGGAGCAAGCUAUUACUUGGAGUACCAUUUGGAGAUUAUGGCAAGGAUACCCAAGGAUGCCGAGGUGUAUCAUGAGCCGAUACUUUAGGUAUCCUGAUACCCAGUGGAUAGAUACCCAGGGUGCAGCUUCACCUAUGGAUAUACUUCGAUGAUAAGCGUUACCUGAUAUACAGAUCUGAUAUACAGCCAGAUCUUCUGGCUAUCUCUGGCAGCACAGCCAUGAGGUAUGUAACAAGCCUGAAGAUACCCGAUUACGGAAUAUACCCGGAAUAGAGUUUAACCCGAUUGCGACAAACACUGGAAUAUACAUUGAACCUGGAUAUGUAAUCUGUGAACCAUUUCCAAUGAUGUGGUUUAUCACCUUUACCGAAUUUUGAAGACAAUAGACUUCUUGAACGUCACACUGAUAUUUCCCAAGGCUUAUUUAUGAAGAAACAGUUGUACAUGUGUGUUGGAUUAAAAACUGAACAAAGUUGUUCUUUGCAAGCCAAAAUCAUUAGAUUUUGUGACUUUACUUAACUAAUGGGAACAAUAUGCCAGGGAGGUAGCGUAUGUAGUGGUUUUUGCUUGUCUGUUUGCAGGCAGGGACACCUGUGUGGCUGGUGGCAAGCUUAUGUGCUUAUUCAUAACACGGAUAUGACUAUCAUGAUUAUUAUUAUUAUUAUUCUGAUUUGUCUGGAAUUGCAUGGACCUGCUAAAAAAGACUGGGUCUGUUCAGUUCUGGAUGUGAAAAGGCAGCUAUUUUGAGUUUGAAUUGUUUUGCUCGUUUGUGUUUAGUGUAUGUACUGACUGUACAGCCACUGUAUGGAUUACUGUACGGAUUGUACAGGGGACCACCAUUGAGGGUGGGUGAUCAUAGAGCUUUAAUGAUGCAUGCAACGACCACAAAACAAGCCGGCAGAGUGCAGGAGGGCGCAGAUCGGUCUGUCUGUCCGUCAUGUCUGUCGAGCUGUCAGUGGUACCGUGUGCUUCUAAGGAUGUACAUUGCGAUCUCAGGACCUCAUUUCAGUGUCGCCGGCACCUGGCCGACCUCAGGAUAUCUUCUCAUGGAAUUGCUAGUGUGCAGUAGACAGAGCACUCCUUAAAUAUGGAGCCAUCAACUGGGUUAAUUUUACCAAAUUUCCUUUUUAAGUUGAUAAUUUUAGCUGUCUCAGAUUGUGUUCUUUAGACUUGCUUCUAUUUGCAUGGCUGGCUUGAAGGUACAUUUUAUGUUGUCCUAUCAGUAUAGUAUUCAGACAGUUGUUUUUAUAGAGCUUGCGUACGCACACACAGAUCAAAACACGUAAGCCAAAGACAGAAUAUUGGACUGUAAGAUAUUCUGUGGUGGGCUUGAUGUCGGGAAAAAUGGCACUAACUAUGAAUGCUCAAGAGGGCUUAGCGCCCCGUGUAUAUAUGUACAGGAAAUUGUCGUGUACAGCUGUAAGUCACUUCAUUCAUAGAUUCAUUUUGAUCAUCACAAUGUGUGCUCUGGCAAGCCAUUUGUAACAUAAACUGCAGAUGAAAUAGAAAUGUGAUUGAUUACAAUGUUAAUUGGAAUUUAAAUCUAACACCUUUUUGACCUGAGAUGCAAUGUAUUUAUUUUAGCGCAAAAUAUAUCUGAUGAACUCAGUUUCUUGUGUGCAGCCCUGAGUAUGGAAUCAGCAAUUUUCACCUAUUGGGAACUUAUUUGCUGUCAUUCGUUUCCACAUUUUCAUGUAUUUAACACCAUCUUCAUCAUCAUGUUGAUCAUUAACCAUUAUGUUUAUAAGUCACGUCACCCCAUGUCAUAAUGUCAUUGGCUCAUGGAAAUGUUGUCAUUUCAUGUCGUCAGCGCGUAGAUGUACGUGUAAUGGGAGGCUACUCUCACCAGAUCAGGGAUACCAUUCUGUCAUGUAAUGCGUCCUCUUCUGCAUCCGUUUGUCCGUCUUUGUUAUGUUACGGUUCCUAGAACCUGUGUCUUGUACUUAAGCUAAGCUCGCAACAGAAUAACUCGGAGGGUUUCUCCUCACAAUGAUUUUGAAUUGUAAGCAAACACCUGUAUCAAAUAUGCUGUGAAAUUUAUUAGAAUGCAGCAUAUUAUGCCGAAAUAACUUUGUGAUUUUAGGUUCUGAGGCUUGAAAAUUUUGGAAGGUAUUUAUGUCUUUGUGCUAUUUAAUAAUAACGUGUAUAUGGAGAGGAAAGUGACAUACCAUUCCACCCAGUAGUGUGCAAUAUUUCAUCGUUGGGCUAGGCUACAUUGAUUUGAAAUUGUAUGGGUGAUCUUGUGACGAAAAGAACACAGAAAUAUAUUAAUACUAGUUUCUCGCCAGCUGAUCAGCUGUUAGAUGGAAACUUAAUGAAAAUGGCACAUGAUUGUCUAGCCAUAGUUUGUAGUGCUAUUGUUGAAGUACAAACAAAGUGAUAACUGUCAGUUGUGAGAGUAUCGUGAGAAAUUUAUCAUGACGUGAAGAGCGAGGAGAGUUUAAAACUUGUCUUGUGAAAAUAGGCUGCUGGGUAGCACUUCACAGUUGACUAUUGACAGAAUUGGGUUUAUGGUUGCCAAAAGUCCGCCAUCCACUGCCAUGAAGCUUGUCAAGUCCUUUUUGAAUAUGCUGAUUGUAAUAAUGGCUGAAUCAGUACAUAUCAUUGCACUUGCGGAAUGUGUUUAGUGUUUAUCGUCAGGAAUGUUUGAGACAGGUAAAAUAUUAAAGAUGUAGAUCAGUGUUGAUUUAUUUAUAUUCUCAUGAGACAAAUAUAGAAUUAAUUUAUUUUUUACUACCUGGCAUAAUUGAUUUAUUCAUAAGGAAUAAAGAAUUAUGUACUGUUGCUUUUGGUAAUUUAAUCUGCAAGACAAGUAAUGGUACAACUAUAAAUUAUUUUUACAUCUGCAACCAUGCAUGCUUGGAUUUCUCUUGCUAUUUAAUAUUUAAUGAAAUGUUUCAAAAGGACUUGACUGGCACUGCUUUGUUUCUUAUGACUACGCGAUAGAAUUCCACCAUGUUUAUGUGAGUUACUGAUAAUGUUGUCAUGAGUGUGUACAGAUUGUAGUUGUGGCAAGCCAUGUGCUCCUUGUCAUAUGAAUGGUGUAAAUAUCAAUCUAAGUUAAUUCUAGUAUCUCAUGUGGAUCACAUUCAUAAGUAAGUUGCCAGUAUCGCUGUCAAUACGGUUUAAUGUCCUGAGAAAUUUGAAGUGAUAUUCCUUCCUUUCUAAACCUUUUCUAGAUUACUAGAUUUCUGAUUUCCCCUCUCGUGUUUCUCUAAGAGAUCUUUCCUUUGCCUAUCAAAGCAAGAUGUUACACACAAUAGAAAACAUGCUGGAUUGAAGAGGGAAGUAACAGCGUUUUGUGUAGUUGUUUUUUCCUAAGAUGCUGAAACAUGCAUUUCAAUAACGAUAUUCUUAAUUAUAUUGGAAUUCUGAUUCUGAUGUGUCAUUGUUUGGCUUACAUGUAUUUGUUAUUUCUUCUCAAUGGAUUCUUUUGAAAUUCGCCUGAAUUGAAUUUUGUAGCUUUUUUGGACUUGGUAGCUAUUUUGUUUUUGAAGGAAAUAAGGUUUUCAUUGUGUGUAUUUCUUGGUUUGGAUCAUGACUUUCUCCUCAAAACUGCUGUGGUUUUGACUCUUGAAAUAUCCCACUUUUUUCUCGUACAUCAUCGUUUGUUUCUAUUGCACUGUGUUAAGGGAUUGGCCGAGACUGUCAUCAAUUUCACUUAAUACUAAAUACAGGGCAAUUCAUUUUCAUUAUGGGUUGGUAAGUUUCCUUGUAGUUACAGGGUGGAUGGAUGUUAACAGUCACAUAGGUAUAAAAAUGAUACUAAUAUUUUACUAAUACGGUUGCUGUAGAUGUAGAUGUGAUAAAGAUAGAUUUGAUGAAGGGAGGGGUGGAUUUAACUUAUGAUGACUCAGCAUGUUCAUUUCUGUGAAAUUGGUUACAGUCUGCCAAUCCUAUUUUUGUUAUUAAGGAGCUUCUGAGUGGUAGCCAUGGGAUGUGUUGACACAGAUCAUGAUGAAUUUCUCUCAAAUUUAGCUGGCAGCAUUUUACGUGACAAAUGUACCAUUUAUUUUUGAAAAGACGAUUAGUUGUAUAUUUUCAGGUGUAGAGUGUUAAGUUGUAUAUAGCUGUUGACCAUGCAUGAUGUGAUAAACUCUAUGGAAUAAAUGUACAGAACUGUA